UCUUCACCCACCUCAAAGAUACCGUCGCUCGCAGGGUCGAAGAUGCGAGUAGCAGAGCUGGUAGUAGAGAGAAUGCAGCAGUUCAAGAGAGUGGCACCUGAGCAGCUAAAACACAGCACAGAUGAUAGCUUGCCAAAGUCUGUAGCUGGUGGGGACUUCCCUGACGAAAGCCAGGAGCAGAACCCACCAGAGAAUGAUACCCCCCAUCUUCCGUCCAUGGAGCACGAUGGUGCUCUGGCUUUGGCUCUUCAGCGGGAAACCAAAGAGGAAGCCCUGGCAAGCCUGGAGGAUGCAGGCUUGUUUUUUUGUCAGAUCUGCCAGAAAGAUCUCUCAGCCAUGAACACAACGCGACGAGAGCAGCAUGUUAACAGGUGUCUGGAUGAGUUGGAAGAAGCACAGAUGUCAUCCUCCAGCAAACCACUGGUCCCUGAAUGUCCCAUCUGCGGGAAGCAGUUCCAAACCCCGCAGAGCCGAGUCAGCCACUUGAAACGCUGUGCUGUCGAGAUGGAGGUUCCUCCUAAGCUACUUCUUCAGGCAGUGCACUUGCAGGUGUCCACACUGGGUGAUGCACCUCUUCAGUGUCCCAGCAAUCAACCAAACAGGUCAAAGCGAAAAGUCUCCUCCAAAGAGGACUCAAAUAAAAUGCAGAAGAGAGCCAAAAUGGAGACUAAGGAUGAAGAUUUGCUGGUUGCUAUGGCAAUGUCACGCUCUCUGUUGGAGCAAGAAAAGCAGGAACAGGCAAAAUCAGUUACAAAUGUGAAACCAGUGGCUGCUUUGCCAAUCAAAUGGAAGCCAGGAUCAGAAGAAACGGCGCAAAAGAGGCCCAACUGCACCUCCACCAUUACUGCUUCAGGACCCGGAGAAGGUCCGCAAAAGGAUCCAAGAGCGAGUAGCUAUGCUGCUUGCAGAAGAGGUGGAAUUCCCUCCCACUCCUCAGCUUCCCACUAGUAGGAUUUUGGAGGAUGAAUCUGGGAAAGCAACCUGGCUCUUGCCAUUGUCC